GUAUUGCAAAAGAGAAGGACCCAUUCGCACCGUUUCGAUAUCGCUGUCAACGUUCACAUCACCGCCAUGUUCCGAUUUACCGAGCUUGUGUUUGUGGUCGCCAGUUGGUCGCUUGCUUCGGCCCAUACCGUGAUCGUAUAUCCCGGCUGGAGAGGAAACAACAUCCACACAAACGGAACUGUUUCGCCCACCGACCCCAGCAUUCCUGCCGGAUCGCUUGGAAUCAACUACGACAACGGCACAUAUGGCUUCCCAUAUGGCAUGCAAUGGAUGUAUCCAUGCGGCGGUCUGCCCAUGUCGCAAAAUCGAACAAAAUGGCCCAUCAAGGGCGGUGCGAUUUCUAUACAGCCAGGAUGGUUCCCCGGCCAUGCUAGCGCGCAAUUCUACUUCAACAUGGGCUACGGCAACGAGCCUUUGAACUACUCGCACUCCAUCAUGAACUUCGCCAUCUCCGGUCCUUCAAACCAGCAAUACGAGGGUACAUUCUGCAUGCCCCAGGUCCCACUGCCGCUCGGUUACGAACCUAAAGUUGGAGACAACGCCACCAUCCAGGUCAUUGAGUUGGCGCAGCAUGGCGCAUCGCUGUACAACUGCGUCGAUAUUACGUUUGCGGAACCACAAGACGUCGAACCAGUCACGCCAGAUAACUGCUUCAACUCGACUCAGCCCAGCCAGAAAAUCGGAUUCCAGAUGCUUUACACAACGACAAGUUCGCCGGCGCCACACAAUGCCGUCAUGAACGUUUACGCGUCGAUACUCAUGCCACUACUACUUAUUCUCGCAAUGUGUUGUACGGGAUUGUAG